UACUAAAGUUUUCUGUCGCCCAAUCUGCCUUGAAUAUUAUUCUGAUAAUCAUUAACGUUCUUAUUCAAAGUUAAGAUAAAAUCCAAUUAAUAUAAAAAUAAAAAAGAUAAAGAAGAAAAUAUGAAACAUGUUAUUGGCAUUAAGAUUAUUUCAAGUUAACAAACAAAAAAUGAAAUCAUUAUUAUAUAUGUUGAUAUCACUUACAUGUCUCAAUAUUGUCUAUUCCAAAAAUGCAACUAUUGAAGAAAUUUGUAACGAAACCAGCAAAUUAAUUCAUUUUUGGCAAUGCUUAUUGCCAAAACUUCCUUCUUAUUACCUAGAUUUAUAUACUGAAGCUGUACGAUGCGUUCAGAAUAUUUUUAAGAUUUCUGAUGAAAUAUCAGCAUUAGUUUUUUUAUCGUGCUCUGAUGAUUUUCAAGGAGAAGAGAUUAUUGACUGUAUAAUAAAAAUAUAUAAGAAUAAAAAUGCUCCUUCUGAAUCAGACGAAAGAGAAAUGGAUGCAGCAUUUUCGUCUUGUUCAGAAGAAUCAAGAAUUUUCAAUAAUUAAUUAAUAAGUCUAGAUUUAUAUAUUUUAUUGUAAAAAAAUGAAAUG